UCAUCACAUUGUGCCAAAGUUCAAGUAAACAGCACUUGCUUCUGCGGGACAAUGUAAGCGGAACUCCGGUUUUACUAAUGUGUGUGUUUUGUGAAUGACAGUGUGAAAUCGAUGCAGGAUUCCGUGAGAAACGACCAGACAUUCGACGGAUUACAAUACUGGCAACCAAAUGUAAGGAAGUAGGCAAGAAAUCCAAAAUGUCUAAUAAGACAUUUAACAUGUCCGCUGAAGUGGAGCACACAGUUCCUUUGCCCCAACGAGCCCUGCAGCUGGACCUCUCAUCUGAGUGUCGUUACAGCAACUUGCUGUCCACUUCUCCUGACUCCAUGAGUAGUAUUUCCAACCUGAGUAACCGUGAAGAAAUCAGCUCCCCUGAUGUCAACAUGCUUCAGUGCUGUAUCAGCGACUGUUCCCCUGUGGAUAAUCCUUACAACAACACCUUUCAACAAAGUAAUGUGCUCUGUAGUGUCAGCACAAACCUGAACCAAACAUUCAUUGCCACACCUGUGAAUGGCAGUGUGGAUUUCUGGAACGAGAACAUGACUGUAUGGAGCAACCAUGAGGCAGGAUCAGAGAAGUUCCAGACUUGUAGUAAGACCACAGAGGAUGGAAGUUACAGUGCAGUGACAUCUCCAGACUCUGCUGACCGGGAGAGCCAACCUGGUUCGUGUGAGACCUCCCGUAGAGGAUCCACUGAGAAUGACUACUCCUCACUGAGUUCUGGGGAAAUGGUAAUACGGAACAACAGUUUUUGUCUAGAGGACCAGUCGCUUUUGGUAGUCUCGUCCCUGGAGGAGACAUCAUUCUCUUUACCUGCUGGUCAUCCAGCAUUGCCUGCUGAAUCUAACCUGCUGUCAACCGCUCUGCAGGAUGUAUGUGAAAAAUCCCCAGAAAAAGUUGCUGAGGAGAACAUAGACCAUUUGUGUCUUGGCAUGACAUUCACCCAGGCAGAGCUCCCCACUGAAGAAAAUGAUGUAGCAGCAUCCAACUCUCUUGUUGCUCUGCCAAGUGAGAGUGAAGGAGGUCUUUUGAUGACCUUUGUCUGUGAAACAUCUCCUGCAGAUUGUGGAAAAGAGGCUCAGUUUACAAUUGCUGAAGCACAGAUGCCUCAUUUCCCUGAUGCAUUGACACCAGAACAAGGCAAAACCUUUGUGUCCACUCUGUCAGCCGUGCAAGACACUGAUAAGGAUAUUCAUACUUCCACACCAAUACAACACGUUGGGAACAAGAUACCCAGCCUCCCUUGCUUUUCAGAGUCUCCCUGCACUGGAAACACUGGCAACCCUGGACUCCACCCCGUUAAACAGCAGCAGAUAUCUAUAACUCCUAAGCAACGUUUGAUUGCAGGACUGCUGCCUUCAGCCAGCAAGGUCAAAAAAAUGGAAAUCAAAAAGUUUCCCAAGUCGGACUUUAGCAGUGUAAAAUCUAAAGUUGUGACAAGAAAUGUGCAUCACAUGUCAGUGCCAGGCUCUGCUUCACAACACAAACCAUCACAUAUUAAUGUGAACAGCAGUCACACUGAAGCACAAAGAGGUGCAGCUAUCAGGAUUAGUCCUGCCAAAGUAAGGAGUAGCACUGCAGUUGUCUCUACCAACACCCAGAUGAUCAGUAAUGCACAGGGACAAGUGAAUACUGGGACUGGUAAUUUAUACACGGCAGUGAGGCAAUCAUUCAGGCACCGUGCUGCAGAUAGACAAGGCAAGAGUCCAACUACCCUACCUUGCCACCAGUUGCAAGCACCUGCAAAAAAACGUGCUUCAGCAGUCCAAUGCAUUAAGGCCAUCUCUGAAACAAAGCAUGCAGCCCUGAGCCAAGUGGCUGACACUGCAGCACAGCAUGCUGGCAACAAGACUUUGUGCCUCUCGUCCUUAGAAAAAUCCCUUGAGGGAAGUGGCCAAGCAGAUCCCAAACAAAGUCCGAAGAAGGAUAUGUCAAACAAAAUUGAGGUCAGGUCAGGCUCUGCGUUAGGUCAGGACAAGUCUCCUCUCCUCAAGUCGCGGCUUCGCUGCUCAUCCGAGAGUUCAUCAUCAUCAUCUAGGCCACCCAAGGAGAAAAAAAACACUCUAAGGCUCUCAAAUAGCUUUACCAUUCCCAAAACUAACACCCACCUGGCCAAGACCAAACCAGGAAACCUGAACUGCUCUUCCCAGAGUAAGCAGGCCAUACAGGCUGAGGCAUACAGGUCUGCGGAAAACUCCGCCAGAGAAGUUAAAAAGAUCAGCCUGCUGACAGAGUCCAGCAAAUCGACAACAGCAGGAGUUUCAUUCAGUGAUAAGAGUAAGAGCGGAUUUCGAGGAUGGCCGUGUCCUAGACGAACAAGAGGAGGGCCACUUUCACAUGCUUCAGCUGCCAGUCCAAGACCAGACACUCUGUCAACCAGGCAGAGGCAGACAACCCUGGGGAGGGAUGAAUGCAGGACCUCCACAGCUGUGGGGACACCACAGUCCAAGCAGAAGACCAGUGCAGGCAGUCAGACAGCACAGGCAGCAGGAGAGCAAUCCCCGGGAACUGCCUUUACAGCAAGUAUUAAGCUCCAAGUGAUUGAAUCCCGACCCCCUCAGACACCCUUUCGCCCCUCUCUUGGCCUUCCCCCUACUCCUGCUUCUAGACCACCACGCAAGACCCAGGGACCAUCCAAGAGCCUUACUGAAGCCAGUGUUCACUCUGAGCUGAAUGGAGGUGCUGGUAGUAAACAAGUUUCUGGGCGAGCUGCACAUAAACCAACCCCAUUAAAAACUGUGCUGAAAAGUAGACUCAUCACCACGCCUGUGAAAAACACUGGACAAUCUUUGGCCUCGGUAUGCAAACCUGCUGCUUCCACCAGCAAAGCAGCCUCAAAUUCUACAGUUAGUCAUCUGAAAAGAAGCGCUUCUGCACGAUUUGUUCGUGUAACGUCAAGUGGACCUGAAAUGUUAUGGUCUCCAAAGCUCUCCCUGUCAAACAUCCACGUGCGUCUGACAGCCAAGGGUUUACUUCGAAACAUUCAGCUGCUGUCAGGAUGCAGGAAGAGCACUGUGGUUUUCCAAGCAGUGGACAAGAACAAACCCAAGACCAGCUCCCACCAGCAGCCCGCUCAGCAGCAAGCAUCCCAACCAAGCCAGAGUAAUGGACCCCCGGAUGUGGUACCAGCAAGUGUUGCUGAGGGUGGGAGAAAGGAUCGGAGCAUCCAGCAGCUCAGAGAACUCCUUGCAGCUAGUAACUGUAGAUUUGAAGCAGUCUCCAUCGUAUUGCAGCAAAUCUUGGCCGAGCGUGAUGAAGCAACAAGGCAGUGCAGGGAUCUCUCCCAGGAGCUGGUCAACCUUCGAGGAGAACUGGUGUGCUCCGUCCAUUCUUCUGAACGUCUGGAGAAGGAGAGGGAUGAGCUGCGUGUUGCCCUGGAGGACACCCUGCAGAAAGUGCAGAAGCAGCACCAGAAGGACCUGGCUGAGCUGGAAGAAAGACUGCAGGCCUUUUACCAGGCUGAGUGGGAUAAGGUCCACCUCUCCUACCAGGAGGAGGCUGACAAGUGCAAGACGCUCAUGCAACAGCAGAUAGGAGAUCUUAAAGCCGACCACGAAGCCACGAAGGUGGAACUUGAGCAGCGCCAUGCAGAACAGCUGCGGUGUGAUAAACAGCAGUAUGAAAUGUCACUGGAAGAGCUCUGCAAAAUUCACACUCAGGAGCUGCAGUCUUUGGACAAAUCUUUGAAAGAUGCAGAAGCCGCUCUGUCUGGACAGAUAGAAGCUCUGACUGUGGAAAACAAAGCCCUAGCUGAGAAGUUAACUGCAGAGGAGAACAGGAGGAAGCAGCUGGCCGACAAGAGUCAGAAGGACUCCCACACCCUGUAUCUGGAGCAGGAGUUGGAGAGCCUGAAAGUGGUGCUGGAUAUUAAAAACAAACAGCUCCACCAACAGGAAGAGAACCUGAUGGAGAUCGACAAACUGAAAGAGAAGAAUGUGAAGCUGAAUGAGAGCCUUAAUAAGGCCCAGCAGGAGAAUGAGGACCUCAAAGCCCGCUUGGAUAGACAUACUGCCCUGUCAAGACAGCUGUCAACAGAGCAAGCAGUGCUGCAGGAAUCCCUUCAGAAGGAGUCCAAAGUGAAUAAGCGUUUGUCGAUGGAGAACGAGGAGCUGCUGUGGAAGCUCCAUAACGGAGAUUUGAGUAGCCCCCGCAAGUUGUCCCCCACCUCAACCUCCCACUCCUUCAGCCUCCAAUCACCUCGCAGCUCUGGCCUGUUGUCCAGCCCUCCUGUGUCACCCAGAUAACGAUGGGCCCCUGCGUCCAGAGCCCCUCGUCUUGACUUACCCCCUCUGGAAAUAAGAGCCAUGUUUGUUCCUUUCUCGCUUGGCAACAUUACAUCCUAACCUUGGCUUUUUCAGGAUUGGAUGAACUGAUACUUUGUGUACAGACACCCUGUAAUCUGUUAUAUUGAAAAACAGAAAGAAAGAAAGGAAAAAAAAAAAGCAGUUGCACAGAAGCACUUAAUAAGCGGAGUCACCUUGCUCUUUGCCUUUCACGUCUGAUAUCACCAAUGGGGGGUGAGUUAAAAGAAAAUCUCAGGACUUCUUUGUAAUGAGACAUUAUUUUUGUUACUUGUGCUUGUUAGCUUGGCUUUACUUAAGCUCAACACAUG